AUGUCCGAAACACAGUGUGCUGAGAAUUGUGUGUGUAAUAAGUGCAAAGAAAAAAAGGAGAAAAUAAAAGAGUUGUUUGAAGGUAAAGCUUGUGGGUUGGCAUACAAUGAUGAUGACGAUUGGUUUAAUGAUGAAGAUGAGGAGUUUGAGUUUACAGACAGUAACAAAUGGUUCAAGAAAGCAUGGGUAGAUGGUUUAAAAGAAUGUGAUGAGAUGUUAAAUGGGUAUCAGUAUGUGGCACAGUAUGAAGUGGAUGCUGGCGUCAAACAACUGAAGCAAGCAAUGGAUGAGUUAGAGGACGGUGAAAAUUUAGUAAAAGACUGUGAUCUAAUGAACAAAUCAUUACAAACUCAAAUUAAAAAAACACAAAUAUGA